AAAGACUGGAAGGAGGGGCGGAGAGGCCGGGAGUAGAAGCGGGACGGAGGCGGAGCCUUUUUUGUUGGGAGCUGCUGGGAGGGGGUGGAGUCUUGUACGCUCCUGCGCUUCUCUUUAUGUUUGGCAGCAGGAAGUCGCUCCCAGCUGAGCUUGUCGGCACAGGCUGGUGGAGGCAGACGUCGGACGGCGUCUCCCGGAGGGCCGCAGAGAGGCAGGCCGGCGAGUUGAGCUCCGGACUUCGCGCUCCGCUUUUAAUACAAACAGACGGAAAGUUUUAGUUUGUUUUUUUUUUUUUGUCUUUUUUUUCGCGCGUGCGCUCUCUUCCCGCUAGAGACGGACGGACGAUUUUGGCGCCCAAGGAUUGGCAUCGUUGGUCCGGACGCGCGCCUACCCGGCUUGAAUGCCUUUGCAAUCUCUCAGCUGGCUCUUGUGCUGCAGGCAGGGCUUCACUUUACUGCGAAGGGACUAUGGCGAAAAGGAAGAGGAGGAAGAGUCCUUCGAGCUGCGCAGCAAAGACGAGCUGCUGUCACCCGGACGGGACACUUUGGAUGUAGCGGUUAGUCAGCCUCUCCAGGCCGCCAAUGGACCUAGCAGUGUGUCAGAAAUCCCUGAAGAAAUGAGGAGCCUGAUAAUUGACAAAAAUAAGGGAACAAUUGAAGACGACUCCAGCUUAUUGGUUAAAGGCUGGCUGUACAAAGAGGUUCAUGGGACGUGGCUCAGACAACGGAAGCACUGGUUUGUUUUAACUCAAGAUGCCCUGGAGUAUUACAGCAGUGAUGAAAAGAAUGCCAAGAGACUGGGAAUGCUGGUGUUGACAAGUCUUUGCACAGUCAUCUGGCCUGAUAAGCAGACCUACAAAGAGACUGGUUACUGGAACGUCACCGUGUACGGGCGCAAGCUCUGCUACAGACUCUCCACGAAGCAUUUCAAUGAAGCCAUUCACUGGGCCUGUGCCAUCCAGAAGGUCAUUGAAAGCAAAGCGCCAGUAGAAACGCCAACGCAGCUCCUUAUCAGGGACAUCGAGGAGAACAAAUUCAACCCGGAAGCAGUGGAGAGCAUCUACAAGCACAACUCCAUCCUGAAGUACACCCAGAGCCCGCUCUAUGCGCCGCUACUCCCUUUCCAGUAUGGCAGCGUGGAGCACAAGAUUUACAGCAACAGCAGCAGCAAAGGCUACUCCACUCUGCGGGACGAGGCCGUCAAGAUCUUCAACUCGAUCCAGCAGCUGGAGACGGCCCGCGACGCGGUGCCUCUCAUCCAGGGGGUCCUGCAGACCUGCCAGGACUUGCAGCCGCUCAGGGAUGAAGUCUACUGUCAGCUGAUCAAGCAGACGAGUGGUGUGUCGUCGCCCGAGACAGAGGCCCACCUACGCUACUGGCAGCUGCUGACCUGCAUGAGCUGCACCUUCCUGCCGGGCCUCCCUGUACUCAAGUAUCUGCGUUUCCACCUCAAACGGAUUCAGAGCAAGCACCCCGACACAGAGGCAGAUAACUACGCAGCAUUUAUAGCCGAAGCCCUGGAGAAGACGAGAGGCCGCGAGUUGGUCCCGUCCUGGGAGGAGAUCCACAUUCUGAUGAACCGGCAGGAGAUGGUGUGUACGGUGCAUUGCCCGGGCCAGGAGGUCUCUCAGGUUCCCAUCAGCUCACACACAACAGCAGAAGAGGUGGUGAAGAAAAUGGUGCAGCAUCUGGGCCUCCAACACAGCCCUAACACCUUCGCCCUGUACGAGCAGAACUGCCACCGGGAGUGGCUGGUGGCCAGCAGCAGCAUUGUGGCCGACGUCCUGACCAAGUUUGAAAACCUGACCUCCAAGGACCCCGACAGCCAAUGGAGACUCUGCUUUAAGGUCUACUGUUUCCUGGAUACGGAGAACAUUCCCAUCGACAGCGUGGAGUUUCUGCUGCUUUUUGAACAGGCUCAUGAGAUGGUAGUCCGUGGGCACCUGCCUACUUCAGAAGAAGACCUCCAAUAUCUGUCAGCCCUGCGGCUCCAAUCCUUGAACGGAGAUUUCAACCUGCAUGCCCCCGUGCCCCCACUCGAGGAGCUCUUCCCAGGACACUUAAUUGAAGUGCGUGCCUUGGCGUCUGCCAGGAUGUUGCUAACCAAACCAUCCAACUGCUCCUCGCGUUUCCACGCGGGCUUUCUGUCAGGGGCUCUCCACAAUGGGCUCUGGGGCCAGAUGGCCGCACACAAACAGAAAGCUGAGGAGGACCUGCGGCUCCGGAGUCGCAUGAAGGAAGAAGGCUUGUCUGUGAUGGCAGCCAUUGUGGAACGGUGGAAGCUGCUGCAAGGCCUGAGUCGGGAGGAUGCCAUAACUACCUACCUGUCUAACGUCAAGCAGUGGUCUGGGUUUGGCUCGACACUCUAUGACAUUGACUUCUAUGUCGUGAAUGUGCCAACUUUAUGGGAGAAGAGGAAGGGGAGCAGCGCCUGCUUAAACAAGCAUGAGAUUUCUACAGAAAACUGCCUGCACAGAGUGUGGCUGGGCAUCGCCGCGCAGGAGGUGUCGCUAUACAAGCAGGGGCACCGGGAACCUUUUGAGUGCUUCAGCUACAAUCAGAUCUCCUCCUUUGGCAUAUGUGAGGGCAAUACCUUCAAGAUUAUUAUGGCUGAGAAGGAGCUCAUCUUUGAGACCAGCAGCUUGAGAAAGCUCAGUGAAAUCGGCCAGCUUAUGAAUGCAUACAUCGCCAUUGCCCACAGGAAACACCAGAGGAGGGCAGAGGACGAGCUGUUUGGUCUCUCUUUAACCAUCCCAGAGUCGCCAUCCCACCCAGUCUAAGGGCUGCUGCACCACGUGACACUCCCUCACCGAGCAGUGGAGCUUUGGGCGUCCUGUCUGUCACCCCAUACUUGGCAUUUGGUGGAGAGAGAGAGAGACCAUCCUACAUUGUCAUACGCAAUUCCUUAAAGAGCAGCAAGUGUUUAGCUGCUGAAACACAAUGCCAGAUUGUUGGUCUGGAUGGUGACAACAGGAAGUACCCAAGACAGUGGUGUAGGACAGAUGAACUGUAUCUGCACACUUAAAUGCAGGACUGAGGCAGGCCCUCAGCCAUGCAAGUGACACAACGAAAAGCAGUGUGCCAUCUUGGAUCUUGAUGGGGUUUGAACUCACACACAGGCUCAAUCGACAGUUUGCUACAGCCGCCACCUGAAUGUGCCCUGUGAACCUGCUGGGGACCUCGGGUUUGGCUCUACACACAUUGGAGCAACUCCCUCUGCUCAAUUCACCCCUUACAGCAAGCCUUCCAUGUAUCCAAAGGUGUCAUCCACAAGCAUUCAUGGCCUGUGCCUCCUGGAGAGACAUUGGAGGUGAGGGAAAUAGGCCUUUCCCUUCAAGUGCCAUUCAAUUUGCAGGGGGCUUAAAGAAGGGCACACUCUGCACUGCAUGACGGCAGCAUGCCAGGAGUUAAGCAGCAAUCGUCCAGCAUGGCACCCAUCGACAGAGAAGGGGGGCGGUGUAAACAAAAGGAUGACGACUUUGGACUGGAUCUGGAAAAGUCGGUGUAUGUAAAAGGAAGAGGACAGAAUAUUUUGUGCAAAACAAAAGAUAUAUAUUUUUUAAAUUUUCUAUUUAAUUUAAAUUUUUGUUUUAUGUUGGAGCUGCACCGACAUUCCUGUUCUUAUCUGUGCCAUCAUUUUAGGCCGGUUGCAGCCACUUUUGGUCUUGCAGGAUAGCAAGUGAAUAGAAAUGACAUUAAGAUGCAUCAUCUGAAAAGAACUCCUUGCUUAAGUGCACUCAGCGUUUACUACAAUUGUGUUCUCUCUUUGUAUUUAAAAUUGGUCCCUUCAGUUUGUGUCAUCCUGGAUUGGCUCAAUCAGGAGUACAAUUAGAGAGACCAAGAGGUUAAUUCACAGCCUCAAAAAUCAGAUAACACCGAAAAACAAAAUGGCCAUCCUAUCGGACCAAAAGUGCCCACCUGUCCUAAGCAGAACCCUCCUCGUGAUAAGAGAUGUGCUUGACGUUAAUAGUGUGAGCUGGAUGGAGUCCAUGCAAUUCUGAAUUUUGCUGAAAACAAGCCACUGUAAUUUGACAUCCAUGUGCCUUUAACUUGUGGCAUGGUUUCAAAACCAAAUGACAGUUGUGUCUGGCUGGGUGGUUUUAAAGCCACAAAUACACUUGGUUUCAUUUUUUCCAAAUAUGACCAAAUGCUGGUGACUAUUUAUAGCGGACAUCUGCGAGUGAGCACAUCUCCACACGUCGUCAGUCAGGACCCUCGACCAGAAGAGUGAUGCUAACCUGUUGUUAGACAGCGUUGUUGCUGUAUUACCUGUGGGUUUCUGUUAAAGCUGCAGGCAGCUUUUGCGUCUGUCGUUUAAAUAUAUUAUAAAAGGCAGGGGGCAGUUUGAAGUGGGUGGGUAGGAGGGCUGGGCUUUUUAUUUAAUUUGUAAGCUGUGCGGUACAUCAUUCUAUUUGUAUAGGCAGCUGCAUAAAAUUUGUAAAGACCAUUUGGAUGUGCAAUUUAAUGGCAUAAUAAUUAAAGCACCCUGGAAAAAAUGAGCGUGUAGCGCUUUUGUUUUCGAGUGCUGUAAUGCUUGUUUUCUGUUUUUAUGAAGCAAUGUCAAAAAUGAGACUGCUGCCAUUUUCUUUAUUUUU